CGUGGUUUGGGAGGCUGGGCAUCUGGAUGUUUUAAAACAUACAAAGGAAUUGCUGGAGCAAGCAAAAGCAGAGAGAGCCCUGCAGAAGGCGAAGAUGUCCUGCUGAUAAGCAACAGAUGGGACUUUACAACAACUGGAUUCACUGACAAAGUGGGGAAGCUCUUCUCAGGAAAAGAAGGAAAAAGAGGACACAAGAAACUAAUAGGAUUUUCAACAAGAUGGAGAUCCAUCUUUCCUUCAAGUUUGUUGGGUGCAUUUGCAAAGUCCUUUUGCUCCAGCUUUCCAUCUUCCACCCGACGUCGGCUCCUCCACCACCAACGUUCAGGCUUUCCGAAGACGUAGCAGGCCGAGAACUGAUACCAUCGCCCAUCAUUAAGUUUCCAGGGGAUGUUUCUCCCAAAACAGACAAAGAACUGGCCUUGCAAUACCUCAACAAGUACUAUGGGUGCCCCAAAGACAGCUGCAAUCUCUUUGUGCUGAAAGAUACUCUGAAGAAAAUGCAGAAAUUCUUCGGGCUUCCUCAGACCGGAGAACUGGAUCAAAACACUGUAGAAACCAUGAGGAAGCCUCGUUGCGGUAAUCCGGAUGUAGCCAACUACAAUUUCUUCCCAAGGAAACCAAAAUGGGAGAAAAAUCUGAUCACAUACAGGAUUUUAGGAUACACCCCAGAUCUGGACUCUGAAACAGUGGAUGAUGCUUUUGCCCGAGCCUUCAAAGUCUGGAGUGAUGUCACACCACUGAGUUUCUCCCGAAUUCAUGAUGGGGAAGCAGAUAUCAUGAUCAAUUUUGGACGAUGGGAACAUGGUGAUGGAUACCCUUUUGAUGGCAAAGAUGGACUCUUGGCUCAUGCAUUUGCACCCGGACCAGGCGUGGGAGGAGACUCACAUUUUGAUGAUGACGAACUUUGGACAUUGGGUGAAGGACAGGUUGUUAGGGUGAAAUAUGGCAAUGCAGAUGGAGAGUUCUGCAAAUUCCCCUACUUGUUCAAUGGCAAAGAAUACAACAGCUGUACUAAUGAAGGACGCAGCGAUGGCUUCCUUUGGUGUUCGACAACAUACAACUUUGAUACAGAUGGCAAAUACGGAUUCUGCCCCCACGAAUCUCUUUUCACAAUGGCUGGCAAUGCCGAUGGGCAGCCUUGCAAGUUCCCCUUCAAAUUUCAAGGAAGCACCUAUGACAGCUGUACAACUGAAGGAAGAACUGAUGGAUACCGAUGGUGUGCAACCACUGAAGAUUAUGACCGCGACAAGAAGUUUGGAUUCUGCCCAGAGACAGCAAUGUCAACCGUUGGUGGGAACUCAGAAGGUGCCCCCUGUGUGUUUCCAUUCAUCUUCCUGGGAAACAAGUAUGAAUCCUGUACCAGUUCAGGACGCCAAGAUGGGAAAAUGUGGUGCUCUUCAACUAGCAACUAUGAUGAAGACCGCAAGUGGGGAUUUUGUCCAGACCAAGGCUACAGCCUUUUCUUGGUUGCUGCUCAUGAAUUUGGCCAUGCCAUGGGACUAGAACACUCUGAAGACCCCGGUGCCCUCAUGGCUCCCAUCUAUACCUAUACCAAGUACUUCCGACUUUCCCAGGAUGACGUUCAAGGAAUCCAGGAGCUUUAUGGAGGUUCGACUGAUGUUGGGCCAGGUCCAAGUCCAACCCUUGGGCCCGUUACUCCUGAACUGUGUGGUCAAGACAUUGUAUUUGAUGCUGUUGCUCAAAUCAGAGGGGAGAUCUUCUUCUUCAAAGACCGAUUCAUCUGGAGGACAGCAAACCAACGGGACAGGCUUACGGGUCCUUUGCUCACUGCAACGUUUUGGUCUGAAGUGCCAGAAAAAGUCGAUGCUGUCUAUGAAGCCCCUCAGGAGGAGAAGACGGUCUUCUUUUCAGGAAACGAAUACUGGAUUUACUCCGCCAGCACUUUGGAAAGAGGUUAUCCGAAACGGCUUACCAGUCUGGGGCUACCUCCUGAUGUGCAGCAUGUCAAUGCGGCUUUUAACUGGAGCAAGAACAAGAAGACCUACAUUUUUGCUGGGGACAAAUUUUGGAGGUACAAUGAAGUAAAGAAGAAAAUGGAUCCCGGCUUCCCUAAAUUAAUUGCAGAUGCUUGGAAUGGGGUUCCAGACAACCUAGACGCUGUGCUGGAUGUGAGCGGCAGUGGUCACAGCUACUUCUUCAAAGACUGGUACUAUCUCAAACUGGAAGAUCAGAGCCUAAAGAUAGUCAAAGUGGGCAACGUGAAAUCCGACUGGCUGGGUUGCUGAGCUGUGUGGCCUCGUAAUAUCCAAAACCCACCUACCCUCCCCACCCAAAAAACAACCCCAUUUAUACUUUUUUAUUUGUAAAAGUCCUAUGUCAUAUUUGCAAUUAGAGAUAGAUCUGUAUGCUGAUUCAAAGACCAGUCUGGAACUGGAACCAUAUGACUAAGUACCACUAUUGGACACCAUUCUUUUGCUCGCUCAUUUGACCAAGCACAUUUCUUUAGGAAUACAUUCCAUCACAAUCAUGAAUUCUGAUUUUUUUAUUUUUUUUGUGAUGUGUGUGUGUCAGGAGUGACUUGAGAAACUGCAAAUCACUUCUGGUGAUAAGGAGCCGUGGUGGCACAAUGGGUUAAACUCUUGUGCCAGCUGGACUGCUGACCUGAAGGUUGGGUUGCUGACCUGAAGGUUGCCGGUUCAAAUCCAUGAGACGGGGUGAGCUCCUGUCUGUCAGCUGUAGCUUGUAGGGAUGUGAGAGAAGCCUCCCAGCAAGGUGGUAACACAUCCGGGAGUCCUCUGGGCAACGUCUAUGUAGACAGCCAAUUCUCUCACACCAGAAGCAACUUGCAGUAUGUUCUCAAGUCACUUCUGAGACAAAUUUUAAAAAGAGUUCUGAUUCAAACAAGGUGCAAUUCACUUUCUCUAUUUUCUUCUUCUCCCUCUCAGUGAACACAACUUUGUCCUGGGUUUCAAUUGAGUCAUUGGGGGCAUUUACACUGUUGAGUUAAUGCAGUUUGACACCACUUUAACUGCCAUGGCCCAAUACAAUGGAAUCCACAAAAGUUAAAGGCACAAAUGUGGGGGACCGAUUGUAGUUAAAAUGAAAAUAGUAAUCUGUUUCAUGCACUUUGUUCACUACCACAACUUAAUUUGUCGGUUCUGUGUUGUAUCUGAGCAAUUUGUUCUGUUUCUUUCCUUUGCUCUUUCUUUCUCUGUCAUUUUUCUUUAGGAAGCUUUGGGCAAUGCAAAGUUUUCACUGUACAACCUGAUGGAACAUUUGUCUUCACACAAAGGAUUCUUUUUGUAAAAAAGGGAAAAUAAAACAACUUAUGUGAAAUGUCAGUGGUAUAAAUAAAGAAUAAAAAUUCCUCUCGGA